CUCCAUCUGUGCAGGCUUCCCUCCUCCUGUCCCUCUUUCUCUGCCUCUGAUCUCCAUGCUCAUGCUCUGUCCUCAUGAGCUGGUCCCCGGAAGAGUGCAGGGGGCAGGGAGAGCCCCCCAGUGACAGACACACCCUCUGUGCCAGGCUGGUGGAGAAGCCCAACAGAGGGUCUGCAGAGCAUCCAGAGUCUGGCUCGGGACCCAUCAUCACCCGUACGGCCUCGGGACCCGCCCUGGCCUUCUGGCAGGCGGUGCUGGCUGGGGACGUGGGCUCUGUCUCCCACAUCCUCGCCGACUCCAGCACCGGCCUGGCUCCGGAUUCCAUCUUUGAUACCAGUGACCCAGAUCGAUGGAGGGAUUUCCGCUUCAACAUACGGGCUCUGAGACUCUGGUCUCUGACAUACGAGGAGGAGCUGACCACCCCUCUGCACGUGGCAGCCAGCCGGGGCCACACGGACGUCCUGCGGCUGCUGCUGAAGCGGCGGGCCAGGCCUGACAGCGCCCCUGGGGGCCGCAGCGCCCUGCACGAGGCCUGCGCUGCGGGCCACGCUGCCUGUGUCCACGUGCUGCUGGUGGCGGGAGCCGACCCCAACCUCCCCGACCAGGAUGGAAACCUCCCCUUGCACCUCUGCCGGGGGGCUGGCACCCUUGAGUGCGCGGAACUGCUCCUGAGGUUUGGGGCCAAAGUGGACGGCCGGUCUGAGGAGGAGGAGGAGACCCCUUUGCACGUGGCCGCCCGGCUGGGCCACGUGGACCUGGCGGAACUGCUCCUGAGACGGGGGGCAUGCCCGAAUGCCCGGAAUGCCGAAGGCUGGACCCCACUGCUGGCUGUCUGUGACAUCCGCUGCACGUCUCCCAUCGAUGCCGAGGCCACCACCGCCCGCUGCCUGCAGCUCUGCCACCUGCUGCUCUCGGCCGGAGCCGAGGCCGAUGCUGCCGACCAGGACAAGCGCCGGCCCUUGCACCUGGCCUGUCGCCGUGGCCACGCGGCCGUCGUGGAGCUGCUCCUGUCCUGCGGCGUCAGUGCCAACGCCAUGGACUACGGGGGACACACGCCCCUGCACUGCGCUCUGCAGGGCCCAGCUGCGGCCUUGGCCCAGAGCCCAGAGCAAGCGGUGCGGGCUCUGCUCAACCAUGGUGCUGUCCGCGUCUGGCCCGGGGCCCUCCCCAAGGUGCUGGAGCGCUGGUGCUCGUCUCCGAGGACCAUCGAGGUCCUGAUGAACACCUACAGUGUCAUGCAGCUUCCCGAGGAGGCCAUGGCCCUGGUGCCUCCCGAAACUCUGGAGAAGCACCACCGUUUCUAUUCGUCCCUUUUCGCCCUGGUGAGACAGCCCAGAUCGCUGCAGCAUCUAAGCCGCUGUACACUCCGUGCCCACCUGGCAGCCUGCCUGCCCCACGCCCUCCCCCGCCUCCCCCUGCCACCCCGCCUGCUCCGCUACCUGCAGCUGGAUUUUGAGGACGUACUCUACUAGGUGUCCACUGCCUUUUGAGAGACCUGAAAGCAGAUGCCCCAGGCCGCAGAGGGCUCUGGUCUGCUUCUCACAGCACCCCGAGCCUGGGACUGAGUUGAGCUGAUUCAGGCGGACGUGGCCUUGUCAGCAGGAGAUGUGCGUGCAGACCAUGCAGCCAGAAGACGUCUGAUGGAGAGAGAGCUGAGACUCAUGGUGGGUGAUACACUCCUCGUGGUGGUCUCCCAGGGCACCCCUCCAGCCCAUCGAAACCCUGUGUGAGCAUUAAAAGUCUGCAGGCCUGU